AUGUCCGCUCCGACACUCGUUUCCGACUCACCUAUCAACCCCUCAAUACCAUUCACUUUCGAUCCCGUUGAGUUCGCCGUUGAAGCUAUACGAAAUGGGGAGUUCGUCGUGGUGAUGGAUGAUGAGAAUAGGGAGAACGAAGGUGAUGUCGUUUGUGCCGCUAGCAAAGUCACUACAGAAGGUAUGGCAUGGAUGAUAAGAGCUACAAGUGGAUAUAUAUGUCUUUCCCUUCCCCCACCUAGACUCAAACAACUCUCUUUACCUCCUUUACUCCCACCUUCAGGAAUUUCACAAGAUCCUAAAGGAACAGCAUACCAUUUGACGGUAGAUACAUCAAAUACGAGACAUCCCACCACCACUGGUAUCUCAGCUCAUGAUAGGGCUUACACGGCGAGAUUGUUGUCGGAUGAGAACUCUGUAGACGAGGAUUUCACGAGACCGGGACAUAUGGUCACUUUGAGAUAUACAACAGGAGGGGUGAGACUGAGGAGAGGACAUACAGAGGCAGCUGUUGACCUUUGCUACCUCGCCGGAUUACCACCAGCAGGUCUUCUUUGCGAACUCGUUCAUCCCACAGAUCCAUCAGGUAGCAUGGCUCGACGAGAUGAUUGUUGGAGGUUCGCCAAGAUGUGGGGGAUCAAGAUUGUCAGUAUCGAAAGUCUCGUCGAGUAUCUAGAAAAGGACGACAAGGGUUUAGUGCCCAAUCCUUCGAUCAACGGACAUUGA